UCUUUCUAUACGCUACGCAAGCAUUUUCUCUCGUGUUCGUUUCUCGUUCGUUAUUAUCUCGUGGAUCCGCCGAGCGAUAGAGAAACGGGAAUGAUAUAUGUAAUAUGAGAUAAACAUACGCGAAUUAUAAAACUCGAAGCGACAAACUGGCGACGUGUUCUCAAUCGAGGCUCAACGGAAUUAGAAUCAGUUGAGGCGGUGAACGACAGAUCGACAGAGACCAAAGGCGCGAGAAUUUUUUUUUUCCGUAAUUGUCCCUAUAUGCAAUGGAAGUCACGAGCGAACAACAAACGACACCGGUUGUCGAAAAUUUAACCACGAAUACGGAGCCGCAGCAGCCACCACCGGAACAUCACAAUGAUGAGCCGAUGGACGAUACCGAGACAGAUUACAACUACGAAAGCAAUCAGGGUCCCGAAGAAUACAGACAUUUUAUGCCCCGUGGACGAGGCGGUUUCGGUUCUUUCCGUAGUCGCGGCUAUGAUUAUUCUAUGCGAGGAGGUCCUCCUCGCUUCCGUGGCAGAGGUGGUUUUGGCCCGAGGGGUCCCAUGUUUCGAGGAGCAAACAACGGUUAUCCGUUCGAUGGCCCACCGAGGGCAAAUUGUCCACCUGGCUCAGGCGGCCCUAGAUUUCGCGGGCCACCUCCUUUCGACCCAAGCUGGGGACCCAUGGGACCACCCAAUCUCAUGGGACCUCCUAAUCUCAUGGGACCACCCGGAAUGCCUCCGCCUCACAUGAUGAACGGACCAAUGGGAGGAGGACCUGCACCUUUUGGACCACCCGGAAUAGGACCUCCUAACAUGAAUGCUAUGCCUGGACAGCAACCGCCUCAGCAGCAGCAGCAACAGCAACAGGGACAGCAGCAAACGAACAUUCCAGGUCUGGAUCUUAACGGCGAGGUAUGGGUCGAAACAAAGACAACGGAUGGCAAGUCUUAUUAUUACAAUAUUCGAUCUAGAGAAACGACGUGGACAAAACCCGAGGGACCGAAUGUCAAAGUCAUGGUUCAAGAUCAGCUAGAGCAAUUGGUGCAUGGUGCGACAAAGCAAAACGCGGCAAGUGCCACUCCAACGACUGCAUCCAACGUUGUUCCUUCGGGAGUGCAGUCGCAACAGCAAUCGCAACAGCAGCAACAACCGCAGCAGCAACAGUUAAACGAGAAUAACAGAGUCACCCAGUCAGGAAACGAUCAACAGUCGCCUAGCAACGCAUCAGACCCGAUGAGUCAGAUGAGCACAGCACCGCCGGGUACGGGACCACCCCCUAUGCUCAACGACACGCCGUCUUCGGAUAUCGCUCAACAAGCGCCUCCUGAUGUCACUCAGACGAACGGAACUGCACCUGCAACUGUAGUGAACACAACACCGGUUAAUACCCAACCACCGGUAAACACGACAAAUAUGAUGCAACCACCGCCAAAUAUGCUACCAAUGCAGCACCGAAUGCCAAAUCAAUUUGGCGGACCAAUGGCCGCACCUUUUGGUGCUGCUCCUUUUGGAAUGCCACCACCAGGAUUCCAACCUUUUGGUGGUUACGGACCACCUCAAGCAAAUUGGGGAAUGCCACAAAUGCCUCAUGGAGUUAUAACGCCUCAAACACCAGCCGAAGAUCCCGCUAUUCUUGCUCAACUCGAUGCCGAUCUCGUUGCUUCGGCAAUGCUUUGGACGGAACACCGGGCUCCUGAUGGAAGGAUCUAUUAUUACAAUAGCAAAGCCGGUGAAUCCGUUUGGGAAAGACCUCAAGCUCUCAAGGAUUUGGAAAGCGCGAAAAUAGCACUACGUCAGAAAAAUGAAGAAGCCGCGGCUGCUACGGCCGUGGCACCAGUUCUGUCGACACCGUCGAGUACCGGAACACAAGAAACGACGAAGCAGGAAAAACAACAGCCGGAAAGCGGCACUGAUGCCAAAGAAAGUUCAAAAGAGGUCGAAAAUGUAAAAACAAAGAAAGAAGAAAACGCCCCUAAAGAAGCAGCCAAACCACAGGACAAAUCACGACCAGUUUCAAGUACACCGGUGCCUGGAACUCCCUGGUGCGUCGUAUGGACCGGUGAUGGUCGAGUAUUUUUCUACAAUCCUUCCUCGCGCAUUUCGGUCUGGGAACGACCGGAAGAUUUGGUCGGUCGACAGGACGUUGACAAGAUGGUUUCCAAUCUUCCGGAUGCUCUUGGCACACCGAAGAAUUCACGUACCGAGGAUACCAGUGAGAGUAGUGACGAGGAUCAACCGACACCGGCGAAAAAAAUGAAACAAGAAGAACCGACUAAAGUCAAUGCAACGAAGGAAGACGAGGAAAAGGAAGGGAAGAAGACGAUUGACAUCGGAAAAGAAGCCGCUAUCGAAGCAGAGGUUCGAGCCGCACGAGAGCGGGCAAUUGUGCCACUUGAAACAAGAAUCAAGUCAUUCAAGGACAUGCUUGCUGAAAAAGAUGUCUCGGCGUUCAGUACGUGGGAAAAGGAGCUUCACAAAAUAGUCUUCGACCCGCGUUAUCUUCUACUGACAUCAAAGGAACGUAAACAAGUAUUCGAGAAAUACGUCAAAGAGAGAGCGGAGGAGGAACGUCGCGAGAAGAGGAACAAGAUGAAAGAGCGUAAAGAGCAGUUUCAAAAACUGCUCGAAGAAGCCAAUCUCCACGGAAAAUCAUCUUUCAGUGAUUUCGCGCAAAAGCACGGUCGCGACGAUCGUUUCAAAAACGUGGAAAAGAUGCGUGAACGAGAGAGUCUCUUCAACGAGUAUCUGUUGGAAGUGCGGAAACGCGAAAAAGACGAAAAGACGGCGAAACGUGAACAGGUUAAAAAGGAUUUCAUUGCGAUGCUACGGGAGCACAAAGACAUCGACAGACACACUCAUUGGAGCGAUUGCAAGAAACGUCUCGAAGGUGAUUGGCGUUACAGAAUCGUUGAUUCGGCGAGCACGAAAGAGGAUUGGUUUAGGGAUUACGUGCGUAUAUUGAAGGAAGAGAGGAAAAAAGACAAGGAGAGGGAAAAAGAUCAUCGUCACAGGGAGAAGGACAGUGGUCACCACAAGAGCGAGAAGAACAAAGCCGACAAGGAGAGGGAUAAGGAAUCUAAGAUGAACUCUGGAUCUGCCAAAGACAGUAGCGAAAACGGAAAAACAUCGUCCAAGGAUAAAUCCAAUAAGGAAAAAAUGGAAAAGGAUAAUACCUCGCGGGAAAAAAAACAGAGAAAAAGUGACACGUCCAGCGAAGAAAAUGGCAAGGAGUCGAAAAAGGAUUCUACCAUAGAAAGAGAAAUCGGCGAGAUCGAGGAUAUGGAUGACAAAUUAACGAAGAAAGAUAUUGAUAAGUACGACAAUGAUGAACCCUCGGACUCCGAGGAGGAUCGUGAAAAGCUUAGACGCGAACGUGAGCGACGAGCCGAGGCGAGUUUGCGGGAACGCGAGCGCGAAGUUCAGCGAACAUUGGCGACACAUCUGCGUGAUCGGGACAAGGAAAGGCAGCAUCACCGUCAUACCGAAGCUGUUCAGCAUUUCAAUGCUCUCCUCGCCGAUUUGGUGAGAAACAGUGAUCUUGCAUGGCGCGAAGCGAAAAGACAAUUGCGGAAAGAUCACAGGUGGGAACUGGCAGAGAGUCUUGACCGUGAAGAAAAGGAACGUUUGUUCAAUGAGCACAUCGAACAAUUGGGACGAAAGAAGCGGGACAAAUUCCGAGAGCUACUCGAUGAAGUUGGUGCUUCCACUGAACUCACAGCCUCGUGGAAAGACAUUAAGAAACAGCUCAAAGACGAUCCUCGAUACACUAAAUUUUCUUCCAGUGACAGGAAAUGUGAAAAAGAAUUCAAAGAGUACAUCAAGGAUAAACUUGUAGCUGCGAAAGCAGAUUUUCGAGAGCUUCUACAGGAAACUAAAUUGAUAACCGAUAAAACAUUUAAGAAAGUGCAAGAAAAUUCUUCCUGUUUGGCCGAGAUAGAAGAGAUUUUAAGGAAGGAUCGAAGAUUUUUGGUACUCGAGGCAGCUGCAACUGAGCGCACGAGACUUCUCAUGGGUUAUCUAGAAGAAUUGGCACGCAGAGGACCACCCCCACCUCCUACCGCCUCUGAGCCAUCAAGAAGGCCAACCACAAAUUGAGUCAGCGUCUGGUGAAGCAUAUUGGACCGCAUUAAUGAGACGCCCCGAUAACAAUAAAACGUUGAAUAGGUAUAUAUAAUAAUAACGAUACACGAGAAAAGAGAAAGAAAAACGCAAAUGAUAGAGUGAGUUUAAUUAGAUGAACCGAAUGAAUUUACAAUGAUUUUUUGAUGAUCUCCGUUUGCCAUUACACUUCAACGUUCCCCAAAAAUUCGUCAAUCUCAAUUUUUUCUUGUUCUUUAUCAGCGUCCGAAUUUACGAAUGUCAUGUAAUUUUAGGAAUCAAUAAAACCGUGACUUUUCUCUUGGAA